UGUCCCCGUGGCCCGCGGAGGUGGGUUCCCACGCCUCCUUCCCGGAGCGACUCGAGGCUGAGGGUGCUCGGGGAGAAGGCAGAGGAACCGGGACCUGACACAGCGCAGACUUUCUGAGGUCCUCGGCGGGGCGCAUCCCAGGGACUCCCGCCCCGCGCCCCCGCGCGACGGCCAGACUCAGUGCUCCCACUUUACAGAUGGGAAACUGAAGCUUCCUGAUGAGCCACUAGAGAGCCUAGGGUCACCUGGGGCUCCACUGGGGCCAUGGCGGAGCGAGAAGAGCGGCGGUUUGUGGAGAUCCCACGGGAGUCGGUGCGGCUCAUGGCCGAGAGCACAGGCCUGGAGCUGAGCGAUGAAGUGGCAGCUUUGCUUGCGGAGGAUGUGUGCUACCGUCUCCGAGAGGCUACCCAGAAUAGCUCUCAGUUCAUGAAGCACACCAAACGGCGCAAGCUGACAGUAGAGGACUUCAACAGGGCCCUCAGGUGGAGCAGUGUGGAGGCUGUGUGUGGAUAUGGGUCCCAGGAGGUGCUUCCCAUGCGCCCUGCCAGGGAGGGUGAGCUCUAUUUUCCUGAAGACCGAGAGGUGAACCUGGUGGAGCUGGCACUGGCCACCAACAUUCCCAAAGGCUGUGCUGAGACGGCUGUCAGAGUUCAUGUCUCCUACCUGGAUGGCAAAGGAAACCUAGCGCCUCAAGGAUCAGUACCCAAUGCAGUGUCUUCACUGACAGAUGACCUGCUCAAGUACUAUCAGCAAGUAACACGGGCUGUGCUAGGGGAUGACCCACAGCUGAUGAAGGUGGCUCUGCAGGACCUUCAGACAAACUCCAAGAUCGCCGCGCUCCUGCCUUACUUUGUUUAUGUGGUCAGUGGGGUGAAGUCUGUAAGCCAUGACCUAGAGCAGCUGCACAGGCUGCUGCAGGUGGCACGUAGCCUGGUUCGGAACCCACACCUCUGCCUGGGGCCCUACGUCCGCUCCCUAGUGGGCAGUGUCCUCUACUGUGUCCUUGAGCCAUUAGCUGCCUCCAUCAAUCCCCUGAAUGACCACUGGACUCUGAGGGAUGGAGCUGCCCUCCUACUCAGCCAUAUCUUCUGGACUCAUGGGGACUUGGUGAGUGGCCUCUAUCAGCAGAUCCUGCUUUCCCUGCAGAAGGUCCUGGCAGACCCUGUGCGGCCUCUCUGCUCUCACUAUGGUGCUGUGGUUGGGUUGCAUGCUCUUGGCUGGAAGGCAGUAGAACGAGUACUGUACCCACAUCUGUCCACUUACUGGACAAACUUGCAGGCAGUGCUGGAUGAUUAUUCGGUGUCUAAUGCCCAGGUCAAGGCAGAUGGCCACAAAGUGUAUGGGGCCAUUCUGGUGGCCGUAGAGCGACUGCUUAAGAUGAAGGCCCAGGCAGCUGAGCCCAGCCGCGGCGGCCCUGGGGUCAGGGGCUGCCGGCGACCGGACGAGCUGCCGUGGGACAGCCUUCUCCUGCAGGAGUCGCCGUCGGGGGGCGGCGCAGAACCAGGCUUUGGGCCCGGCCUUCCGCUGCCGCCGGGAGGCGCGGGCCCGGAAGACCCGACUCCCUCCGUGACCCUGGCGGACACCUACCGGGAGCUCUACGCCUUCUUCGGCGACAGCUUGGCCACCCGCUUCGGCACCGGCCAACCCGCGCCCGCGGCCCCGCGGCCGCCCGGGGACAAGAAGGAGCCGGCUGCCGCCCCAGACUCGGUGCGCAAAAUGCCGCAGCUGACGGCCAGCGCCAUGGUCAGCCCGCAGGGUGACGAGAGUCCCCGGGGCGGCGGCCCGUCGGCCUCGGCGCUGGCGUCCGAGGGCAGGCCGCUGCCUCGCGUGCACCGGGCUCGGGGAGCGCCGCGCCAGCAGGGCCCCGGCGCCGGCACCCGCGACGUCUUUCAGAAGAGCCGUUUCGCCCCGCGCGGCGCCCCCCACUUCCGCUUCAUCAUCGCGGGGCGGCAGGCCGGGCGGCGCUGCCGCGGGCGCCUCUUCCAGACUGCGUUCCCCGCCCCGUACGGGCCCAGCCCGGCGUCCCGCUACGUGCAGAAGCUGCCCAUGAUCGGCCGCACGGGCCGCCCGGCCCGCCGCUGGGCGCUCUCGGACUACUCGCUGUACCUGCCGCUGUGAGGCCGGGCCCCGCCGCGGCGGCCUCGAAACCGACUUCGCGCCCGGAUGCGGCGUCUCGCCUCGGGCCGCCUACAUCUCUGUAAAUAGGCCCCACCCUCGGAAGUGACGUCGGGCGC